CCUGUUUCUGCACAGUGUGGUUUCCUUUAGGGUAAACAAGUUGCUUUACUUUUCACGCUUCUUUGACUCUGCUUAUUUUUACUACAUUUUGAGAGGAAAAUGAAAGUGGCAGCCUUCAACGUGAAAAAAUUGGGACUUCGAAAAGUCAAAAAUAAAACUGUUUCCGACUACCUUAUUAAGAUCCUCUCUCAGUACAGCAUGGUGUUCAUUUUGGAGGUGAUGGAUAAAAGUGGAGACGCAAUGAAGCUGCUGCUGAAAAAGCUCAACUCUGCUGCUGGUCGGAAAUAUAAAAUGAUCUGCAGCUCAAGUCUCGGCAGAAACGCCUACAAGGAGAAAUUUGUUUGUUUCUACAGAAAAGACGAGGUCAAGCUAACAGGUCAGUAUCAGUAUGAAGACAAUCAGCCGGGAGAUGAAGACGCCUUUGACCGGGAGCCCUUCGUACUGCGCUUCCACUGUCCUAACACGGCUGUUGGAGAUUUGGUCCUGAUCCCUGUCCACACCCGGCCAAGGGACGCUUUUAAAGAAUUGGAUGAGCUCUAUGAUGUGGUUACAAGUGUAAAAAAGAAAUGGAAAACCACCAACAUUAUGAUUUUGGGAGACUUCAAUGCAGCAGGUCCAUAUCUUUCCAAGAAGAAGAAGGAAAAGAUACGCCUCAACUAUCCUCCCUUCUACUGGCUGAUAGACGAUACGGCAGACACAACAACUAGUAAUUCAAACGAGCACACCUAUGACAGAAUUGUGGUGUAUGGAAAGAAAAUGGUGAAUACUAUUGUCCCGAACUCUGCCAUGCCUUUCAACUUUCAGAGAAAGUUCAGACUAACUAAAAAAGUGGCUCUUAGUAUCAGUGACCAUUAUCCUGUGGAGGUGACGCUGAAAACCGUCAAAACUGCCAGAGGACAAAGAAAGAAGGCUACAACCUGUGCAAGAAAAACAUCUGCCACAAAAAAAUCUUUGAAGAGAGGACUUCAGAAGAGGUCCAAACCAGCAGAAUGUGAUGAGUGGAAGCCUCCAGCAGCAAAAAGGAAGCGAGAACAACAGGUUGAAUCUAAGAGCCCAAGAAAGAAGCUUUGUUCUACAUUGGUUAUGCAACAGUCACCAGAUGUUCAAUGGUCAGACUCUGAAUCAUCCCACUUUGAAGUGUCCCCCUCUGAAUGGCACAGCUAUCAAUGGUCCAACGAUGAAAGUUACAUCCAUGACCCAAUCACAUCCCGUCUGCUUGAUCCCAGCUCCUGGACUGAACCAACCCGGAGGCCCUUACGGCGUCAACAGACCAUAAGAUUUGUUCCUAUUGUCUACACAUUUCCACGUCAACAGUCCAUAAGAUUUGUUCCUAUUGUCUACAAAUUACAGCGUCCACCUAAUGACCCUUUGGAACUACUUCAUACACUCUUCCCAAACUCACCUCAUCAUGCUUGAUUGAAAUAAUGAAAACAACAUUUAAGACAUCUCCCCUUUUGAAGUAUUUUUGGAUAAAAUUGUAUCACAGUGCGUAAAUGUCUUGUUAAACCUGAUCUUACAUGACUGGUAUGUUCUGAUUAUUAAUGCCCCCCGUUUGGGUUUACUUAUUGAAAAGCAAACAUGCUUUUCAAUAAGUGUUAUUUAAACCUCUGUUAAUUUUUUGUUUGUUUUUAGCUUUAAGAUAAGAUAAGAUAGGCUUUAUUGAUCUCACAUUGGAGAAAUUCACUUGCCACAUCGGCUCAUAAGAGAAGGUGC